UGCCCCCGGCCGGCAAGCAGCAUGGACGAGGAGGAGGAGGAGGAGGAAGAGCAGUGGCUGCUGGAGUCUCUGAGGCUGUACGACGACCUGCACCUCUUCGAGCUCCAGGAGCCCACCCGGGUCAUCGAGUGGACGGGGGACACACGAAUCUGCGUCGCAGGCUACGGGCUCGGAAGACGGCAUGAAGUGCUGCGGCUGCGCCUGCCCCCGAGGCUGUCUGCGCGGGAGAGCCAGGGCUUGUGUCCAGAGAGAGACUUCACGGUCGAGCAUGGUGGAAUUUCUGAGCGCCCCGUGUACCAGCUGAAGCACGUGCCAGAGACCAGCUUGCUGGUGACCAGCGGCCCGCCGGACGGCCUGCUGCAGGUGUGGCGCAUGGCGGAGGAGGAGACAGAUGCUAUUAAGCUUGUCAGCACAAUCCAAACCGCGCACAGAGACGAGCGCUCCUGGGCGAAAGUCGCCACCGCCUCAGCCAAGCCGGCGCGGGUCCUUCACGGGCUGAGAGUCAACGACGUGCAGGUGACGGAGAUCGAGUCUGGAAGAACCAUCUUUGCGGCAGACUCCGAGAGCCCCGACGAGAUCGCCACGCUGGACUUCCUGGAUGAGGCCACCGGGCUGGCCUGCAGUGCGCGGGGUCAGCUCUUCUGCGUGGACACCAGGCAGCCCCGGGCCCCCCUGGGAGCCGCCGCGGAGGCGCCCAUCCCUGCCGCCCUGGGUGGGCAGCGCUGGUGUGCGGGCGUCAGCCGCUGCCCGCGGGGGUCUGCCGGGGACAAGCCUCUGGUGGCCCGGCUCUCGGCCGGGGGUCACGUCGUGCUGACGGACAUCAGGAAUGCCGCGAGCCCCGUCCAAGUCGCCCAGUGCCCCGUCCCCACGGCGGGCCUGCAGGGGGGCGAGUUCCAGUCCGUCUCCUUCGCCCCGCUGCUCAGCAGCUGCCUUGCGGUGUCUGGUUUCGACGCCACCGUCCAGGUCUACAACACGCAGAGCUGGGGCCCCUCCGGGCGGACCGCUGAGCCAGUGUUUGUGCACAAAGGACACCUUUUCGGCAGCACGGCCCCUGCUGGGCACCCGCCGCUGGUCACCACCCACACCUGGCAUCCCAGCAAGCCCCGGACGGUGCUGUCGGCCGCGACGGACGGCUCGCUGCACGUGUGGGGCUGGUCCGACCCUCGCGGGGCCAGCUAGCGCCCUGGCCCUCGGCAGACACGCCCCUGGGCUUCCCCGGCGCCGCGUCUGUGCAGGACGGCCCAGGAAGAGGACCGCAGGCAUCGCAGCCAGGCCCCUCCAAAUCCAUGGGCUCCUCGGCGAGAGGGGAGCUGGGGUCACGGAUGUGAGCUCAGCUGCAGAUCAGUGGCUCCCAUCCCGGCGGGGGUGGGGGGGCGAGAUCUUGCACAGGGAAGCGAGAGGCUCUUCGGAGCUCUUUGGGGGCUGCCCCCCAGCCGACCUUCGCCACAGCAAAUUCCCUGCCCUGCUUUCCCAGUUGCUCCAAGGCCCCGGGAGAUGCCUGGGAUGCCCCAAGGGAGCCUUCCUGACUUUCAGGGUGGAUGCGGGGGCAGGGGGGUCACAGCAGUGCUUCCCGCCUGGGGUUCCCUUUUCCCCCUCAGGAGAAGAGCAAGCAGUGGGGCUGCCCACGAGCCUGUGGGGCCGGCCUCAAACAUUUCGCCCUCUGAUGGUGGAGCGGUCCCUUGCCAUGCUGAGGCUGCAAUCCUCCCUGGGAGUAGACUGUUGAACUCAGUGGGGCUUCUCGCCGAGCUGGCAGGUGUGGGAGGGCACGGUGAGACUCGUCGAGCAGGUGAGGGCCAGCCAUGCCUUGAAGGCAGAUGUCUCGCUACCGCCUGGUGUUCGCUAUUAAGCCCAAAGCAAAAUCCACCAUCUGUGAAUCCAGGAAACUCGAAGACACUGCUCAACAUGCAAGCUGAACUUUGCCUGAUAAUAAACGCAGCACGCAAAACUUUC